UGGCUCGCCCGGGCCCCGCCGAGGCCGCUGCGCCCCCGCCCCGGCGCGGGCAGACUCGCCCCAAACUCCCUGAACUUCCUCCAGAGGCGGUCCCCGACCGGAGACAACUCGGGGCCCCCGCCCCGGCGGCGCCCCUCGACGACCGCCCCGGCUGACAAGUGCCUGGACUCGGAGCCGCAGGGCCGGCGGGAGCUGACGGUCGCCAGCCCCGGGCCAGGCCACGAUGCUCGUGAGGAAAGUGCCCGGCUUCGUCCCGGCCUCCCCGUGGGGGCUGCGGUUGCCGCAGAAGUUCCUUUUCCUGCUCUUCCUCUCAGGCCUCUUCACCCUGUGCUUCGGCGCUCUCUUCCUGCUGCCCAACUCCUCGCGCCUAAAGCGCUUCUUCCUGGCCCCCCGGACCCAGCAGCCAGGCCUGGAGGGGGUGCCCGCAGCCCCCGGGCACCCCCUGGCCGGAGAGCAGGAGUCGCCCCCCAACCCGGCCCCCGCCGCGCCAGCGCCGGGCGAGGAGGACCCCAGCAGCCUCGCCAGCCCCCGCCGGAGGAAAGGGGGGGCGCGGCGGCCCCAGCCCACCAGGCCGCGGGAGGAGGCCACGGCGGCCCGCAGCGGCGGCGGCGGCGCGGAGGCCCCCCAGGAGGGGAGCCUCCCGUUCAGCUUUGACUUCAACGCGUUCCGGAGCCGCCUCCGCCACCCGGUGCUGGGGACCAGGACCCGCGGCAGUGAGGAGCCCCAAAGCCUGGUUCAAACCCGGCGGGAAAAAAUCAAGGAGAUGAUGCAGUUCGCCUGGCAGAGCUACAAGCGUUACGCGAUGGGGAAAAACGAGCUCCAGCCCCUCACAAAGGACGGCUACCAGGGCAACAUGUUUGGAGGCCUCAGCGGGGCGACCGUCAUUGACUCCCUUGACACCCUCUACCUCAUGGAGCUGAAGGAGGAGUUCCAGGAGGCCAAGGCCUGGGUUGAAGAGAACUUCCACCUGAAUGUGAGUGGAGAAGCAUCUUUGUUUGAGGUGAACAUCCGGUACAUAGGAGGACUCCUCUCGGCCUUCUACUUGACAGGAGAGGAGGUGUUCCGAAUGAAGGCCAUCAAGCUCGGAGAGAAACUCCUGCCGGCCUUCAACACCCCCACGGGAAUCCCAAAAGGUGUCGUGAACUUCAAAAGUGGCUCCAACAGGAGCUGGGGCUGGACCACGACCGGGAGCAGCAGCAUCCUGGCAGAGUUUGGAUCCCUGCACUUGGAGUUCUUACACCUCAGUGAGCUCUCCGGCAACCAGGUCUUCGCUGAAAAGGUCAGGCACAUCCGGAAGUUCCUCAGGAAGAUCGACAAGCCAUUCGGCCUCUACCCCAACUUCAUCAGUCCAGUGAGUGGGAACUGGAUACAACACCACGUCUCGGUUGGAGGCCUCGGGGACAGUUUUUAUGAAUAUUUGAUCAAAUCCUGGUUGAUGUCAGCCAAGACAGACACGGAGGCUAAAGACAUGUACUACGAAGCCUUGACGGCAAUAGAGACCCACUUGGUGAAUGUGUCUCCGGGGGGGCUGACCUACAUUGCCGAGUGGCGCGGGGGGAACCUGGACCACAAGAUGGGGCACCUGGCCUGUUUCUCCGGGGGCAUGAUCGCCCUGGGCGCUGAGGAUGCUGAGGAGGACAAGAGGGCCCACUACCGAGAGCUCGCAGCCCAGAUCACUAAGACGUGCCACGAGUCGUACGACCGCUCAGAUACCAAACUGGGGCCCGAGGCCUUCUGGUUUAACUCCGGCAAAGAGGCCGUGGCCACGCAGCUGAGCGAGAGCUACUACAUCCUGAGACCCGAGGUGGUGGAGAGCUACAUGUACUUAUGGCGACAGACCCACAACCCCAUCUACCGGGAGUGGGGCUGGGAAGUGGUGAUGGCCUUGGAGAAAUACUGUCGGACAGAAGCAGGUUUCGCCGGGAUCCAAGACGUGUACAGCAGCAUCCCCAACCACGACAACAAGCAGCAGACCUUCUUUCUAGCGGAGACGCUAAAGUAUCUCUAUCUUCUGUUCUCUGAAGAUGACACGCUGUCCCUGGAAGACUGGGUGUUCAACACGGAGGCCCACCCGCUGCCUGUGAACCACUCGGACAGCGCUGGCCGGGUCGGGGGCCAACGCUGACCCCAGCUCCCGCCGCCCUGAGCCGCAGGGACGCCUCGCCUUUUCAGGUUUGGGGACUGUUCUCAGAGGGAUUGGGAACGUAGGCCCCACUCCAGACAGAUGUGCUGGACACCCCUCUUCUCCUCUGUGAGGAGACAGGCCGGGAGACCGAUGUCACACCAGGCCCAGACAUUCCUUUCUAUGGAGAAUUUCUAUGAAACCCACUCAGUUGCCAUUCCAGGGCCAAAGGACUGGAGGUUUGCGUAUCGACCCCGUGUAUUUGGUUCACUUCCUUUCGUAUUGGGGAUAUUUUGGGUUUUGCUUGAUUUUGCCUUUUCUCUUACAGUUGUGUUUUAUCACAAAUUAUAAGUUAGUUUUCAAAAUCCCAUGCUUUCAAAAACAAUCACCUUGAUCAACUAAACCUUAAAGUAUUUGUACACGUACAAAAACCUUGACCUUAUUUCUAUAUUUUAAAUGCCUCUUGCCCAACAUUUACUAUUCGUUCAAUUACCUGUCAUUUACCUUAUCAUUUGAGGAGGGGUUCCCCUUUGAUUUGGGUUUAAGUGUUACGAAUACCAGUGCUAUUUUCAUUAUUGUAAUGGAGAAAUCUGAAAACUUACAAUAAAAGAGUUUAUUGAAU